AUGCUGCCCUGCUUGUGGCUUGUCUUUGCCGUGCUCAUCCUGCUGAGUAUCGGCAUCUGUCGCGCUUUCUCGAGUACUCUGGUCUAUCUGUUUGGUCUUCUCUCCCAGGCCGGGGUUUCCAUCGCGUUCCUCGCCCAGCGUCCUCGUAAUAUCGAUCGUGGUCUCGGACCUCGCUCCAAGCUCUCCCCCGAGCUCUGUGCCAUGGUCCUCAGCUCCCCAAAGCCUCAACCUCGGUCUCCUCCUCAUAUUACAGAGGAAAGCCUGGUCCUUCGCCUCGCUGAUUUCCUGCUUUUUUGGCUUUGUGCUGCCCCAGACCCGCUUGCCAUCCUCAGCGCAAUCGAUGGAGUCUACAUCAAAGCCGUGAAGAUGCUCUACAAGGGCCUAACCAUCGAAUUCGACUUCCACCCCGACAAGUCCGGCCUUUAUUGUCCCCGCAUCCGCAUUCCGGAGCUCGGUGUUGACGAGCCAGUCUUUGAUCCAAAGACUGGGAAGAUGCACACCUGGAUCAAGGGCCUCCACUACCCUUUUGCCCGCAGCAUAAUCGUCAACAUCUACCCAUCUUGUCUCUCGCAAACGUCAGAUCCUGAGAAGGCUACCCGCGGAUUACUCUCCCUCUGGACCCGCCUCCGCGAGCUCGUCAAUAUCUUGUCAAAGGUAAAGAAUAUCGAGAACCUCAUCGUCAACUUCUGCCCGUCCGACGACCUCAACCGCAAUGGCCUGCCAUCAGGAUGGGUCAUCAACAACCAGCCCCGCGUCAGCCUGCAGAAGAAUCAGGAUCCCUGGUAUACCAUCACCACGAACAGCACGCUCAAGGGCAUAGCCAAGUUCCUGGUCCCAGCCCACCGCGAGAUGUUCGAUCACGAGGUCGUCUUCCUACCCUUUUGCGAAUUGGUGGAUAAUGUUACACGCCUGGACGUGACGUUCGCCGGCGUCUCGGUCUCCAGCAAUGAGCGAGUUGAUCUAGAUGGCGACGCAGGAGGGCUGGACUGGUCCUUCCACCGCGUCGCGAUGCGUCACUUUUUCAACAACCCUGCCCAUCCCCGUUCUACUGAAGUCAAAAAAGUCCUGCGAAUCCUCCCCCUCUUUAUCGCGGAAACGGAGGUCUUCUACCGCUCUGCGAUGGAUAUGAUCGACCAAGGCGAGUCCGGGCGCAAGUGGCGCUGCGAGCAUUUUUUGGAACCGGAGUACCUUCGUCUCUCGAUGGAUCUCGAUGCGCAGUAUGGUGAUGGCGUUCAGUGGACUUGGCCUGGUUUUGUGCUUGGUUUGGAUAGCGAUGUUCAGAAUCAUUGA